AUGGGACGAGAACCAUCGCCCGGCAGGGACUCUUCAUACGCUCGGUCCCGGCGAUCACCACCAAGAGAUUCCUCAAGGGACCGGCAGCGCGGGCGACGAUCGCCCAGUCGACACCGCGAUGAUGACCGCCAUCACAAGUCCCGCAAAAGAAGUCGGACCCGCUCACCUAUCUCUUCUGACUCCGAAAGAGGUCGGCGUACCCGGCGGGAUGAAUCAGUCACCUCGGAGAAAAGCGAGCGCCAUUCCAGCAAGCAUCGACAUCGAUCUCACAAGAGUAAACGUGAAUCUUCCAAGGAGCGACGGGCACGCAAAACGGCAGAGAAAGCUGCGCGAAAACUUGAGCGUCGAUCGGAACGAAAAAGUAUGCGAGAAGAGGCCGAUCGCCGGGCAGCUGCCGAGCUUUCCAUGUAUUCAGCGAUCGACAAUCCAUUUCACGAUGCGAAUCUAUCGACUCAGUUCGACUGGUCUAAGAAGCGGGAACGAGAAAGAAAGAUGGGGCUUAGUGCUGAGGAAGCAAGCAGACGGGAUGCUGAACGACGGGCAGAGGCUGCUGAAGAGCUUGAACGACUCGCGCGUCGUCGAGCGGAGAGAGAGAAGGAGCUCGAGCUCCGAGAGGCCGAAAGCAACCGGAUGGCUCAGAUGGCCGAAAGUGCACAGAUGGCCGAAUGGAUUGCCAAGGAAGAUGACUUCCAACUCGAACAGGCCCAGAAGCGAGCAGAGAUUCGAGUACGGGAGAAGAGAGCCAAGCCGAUCGAUCUUCUUGCCCUCAACCUCAAGUGGGGUCACCGCGAUUUCGAGGCCGAAGAGGAUUUGAAGAAAAAUACCCUCCAAGGGCUCAUCAACGAAGCUAGUGAAGAAGAGGAUGAUGGGGCAGGCAUGGAAGUCGAUCUGGAUGAACCCUACACAAUCUUUGAUAACCUGACCUUGGAGGAAACUCAAGGACUGGCUGAAGACAUCAAGAUGCACAUCGCUCUAGAAAAAUCGGAAUCCAAGCUUGAGUUUUGGCGAUGCUUACAAUGUGUCUGUGAUGAUGCGCUCGCUCAACUGACGUCUGAACGAAACUUGGCACACGAUGCUCUCCGGGCUGCAGCAGCGAUCCGGGAUCAGGUAACCCGGUUGCUGGAAGGAAAGAAUUACGAGCAACUGAUCGCGCUGGAGUCGAAUAUCAAGACCAAGCUUGCUGGAAAUGAACCGGUCGAUCCAGAAUAUUGGGAAGGCCUUCUUGCUCAGUUGAAAGUCUGGAAGGCCAAGGCGAAAUUGAAGGCGAUGCACGAGGUCGUACUUCGUAACCGAUUGGAGUAUCUCCGUCGUCGUCAACGUGACGAGGCCGUUAAAGUGCAAGCUGAGCUUGCUAGCAGUUUGCUGAAUCAACCAAGUGCCAGUCUUGCGACUCAUCCACAUCAUGAUAGCCACGAAGCUGAAGAAGACGAGGCACAACUCGUGGUCGAAGAAGUGGCAGAGGAGUUCGAGACCGACAUGGAGCCUCAGUUGAUCCAACACCUCUCGCUUGAGGACCAGAAACUCGAUAUGAUCUCACCCAUUGAAGACUGGACUCAAAUCAUCAAUGCCCGUCAGAUGGUACUUAGCACUCGAUUCGUGCCCAAGACUAAACAUGGCUCAGAUUCGAAAGACCAGGAUAUACUGGAUCGGGACGCGCUGGCUGAAAAACUAUAUGCCCAAGAGGCUGAGAAAGGUCUGGGCGAAGAGGAAGAAAUGUUCGAGCUGGAAGCUGAGAUGGGCCGACAAAGUUAUAACUGGGAAGACAAAUAUCGACCACGUAAACCAAGAUACUUCAACAAGGUUCAUACCGGCUACGAAUGGAAUAAAUACAAUCAGACCCACUAUAAUACAGAUAACCCACCGCCAAAGGUCGUCCAAGGCUACAAAUUCAACAUAUUCUACCCGGAUCUGAUCGACAAAAGUCGAGCUCCAACUUAUAAAAUUAUCAAAAAUAAGGAGAAUGAGGAUGUGGCCACUCUGUUGUUUAAAGCUGGUCCACCUUAUGAAGACAUCGCCUUUACGAUCGUCAACAAAGAUUGGGAGCAUAGUCACAAACGCGGCUUUAGGAGCUCUUUUGAUCGAGGGGUUCUUCAGCUGCAUUUUACGCUCAAACGGAUCCACUACCGAAAAUAG